CAACCAACCACGCAAGGAGGCCGCACCUCCUACAACCUCCUCGAACGCGUCUGCGCGACACUAGCAGGGCGUGUCAAGGCUACUCACGACGAAAACCUCACUGUCUCUAUCCAUCCAAGUACAAGGGCCGCCCGCCAACACCCAACAAUUAACAACAACAAGCCAUGACCAUAAAACUGCAAUUCGACGAGCGCCUGCACAAGCAACAGCUCAUCGCAGUCGUAGACCAAGUCGUCGCUGCAAAGCGCGUCCUCUUUGUUUCUGGCGCAGGCAUCUCAUGUAGCGCAGGCAUCCCAGACUUCCGCAGCCUGCAUGGACUCUACCAGACUCGCCAUACACGCGGUGGCAAUGGGCCUACCUCACAAACACGCGGCAAGGAUCUCUUUGACAUCUCUCUAUUCAAUAGCGACGAAACAACAAGUCAGUUCUACAAGUUCAUGGCAGAGUUGCGACAAUCCACGCAACGUGCAAAGCCUACACUUACACACAAGUUCCUCGAGACGCUCAAACACAAUGGCACCUUGUUACGAGCCUAUACGCAGAAUAUCGAUGGACUUGAGGGACGUACGGGUGUGCUCAGUAUGCACGAUGCGCCAAUCAACAAAAAUGAUGUAAUCCAACUACACGGCAAUGUGCAUAUCCUCAAAUGCUUCCUUUGUGGUAGACGCGCAGAGUACACACCGGAAUACGAACAACUAUUAAGAGGAGGCGAAGCGCCGUCAUGUGCGCAUUGUCUUGAAAAGGCGAGUAUUCGAUCAUCACUGGGUAAACGCGCCAUUUCAGUGGGCACCUUGCGUCCAGAUGUUGUACUCUAUGGCGAAGCACAUCCGCACGGUGAAGCGAUUGCCAAGGCGUGUGCGAGUGAUGCACGCAGAAAACCCGAUUGCUUAAUCAUCGCUGGUACAUCCCUCAAAAUCGCAGGCUUGAAGCGACUCAUCAAGGAUUUUGCAAAAGAAGUCCAUGCAGCUGGUGGAAAUGUGAUUUUUGUCAACUUGACACAACCGAAUGCCUCUGAAUGGCAAGGUGUCAUUGAUACGUACAUUGAAGGGGCAACAGACGAUUUCGUGCAGCUCCUCAAACAGCAACGGCCGGCCUUCUUCAAGCACCAAUCGACAUUGGACAAAGUACCAAAAGUCAAGCAUGGCAAGAGGAUGGGAUGUGCGACCAAGCAUGCCAAGAAGAAGUCUGCUGCUGCUUCUGCAAGCCAACCUCAUGCGACGUUGCCCGUGGUGCAAGACUACCCGACACCGCCAGCAUCCGAGCAAACGCCCACAGAACUCGAUUUCAAUCGUCUCUCACAACGUGAAGACUCUGCAAUGCCAUGCAUCAUGGAACGUUCCUACAGCAGUGAUAGCAGGCGCUCAACCCUCUCUUCCUUGUCAACAGCACCAAGUCUGGAUGAGGAAGAGAUUCAAGCGCAAGAAGCAGCGUAUGCUGCACGUCAGCUGAGCCGGACAGCUGUUCCGUGGUUGAUGCAUGCGAGACCUACAGCGAGCUACCUGACCCGAUCCGUUCCAAUCUUGCAGUGCUCGACACCGCCGCCGAGUCAAGAAGAAGCCUUUCAGUGCCCUUCAUCUAUCGCUUCCCGUUUCAACGCAUCCAGUCAAGGUCAAUGUGAAGAAAGCGAUAAAGAGAAUGAAGAGCCUUUCCUGCUUGAACAAUUCUCACAGAGUACUUGUGCGAAUGGGCAACUGCCGACACCUUCUAAGAAACGAUCCAGUGCGGAAAUGCGGAUCGAGUAUCUCAUCAACUCACCACUUGCAAAGAAGCAAAUGCCGUGCAGGUCACCUCCCAUGGCUGCGCCGCCAAGCUUCGAGUCGGCCAUUGAGGCUUGUAAAAAUAUUGCAUCCGCAUCACCAGCAGUGUAUAUUGCGCCGAUUGUGCCGCCGCUGGUCGUCUUGCCGGCGGUUAUGGAGCCUGACAUGCCGCUGACUCGACGCAGCCAGCGCAUAGGCCGUAAAGCUUGACACAUACACAUUCGGUCGCGACUGUUCUGUAUACUAAUAGAAUCAUGUAUUACU